AUGAUGACAAUAGAUGAAAAUGAAAUAUGUGCAAAAGUGCUUGUUCAUCUCAUUUCAAUGACUGUACAACUCAAAUAUCUUCGAAUUGAAAGAUUCGAAUGGCUUUUACAUGUUAUUCAAUACACAUCCAAUGAAUUAAGAAUAAAUGCAUUAAGUACUGUACGACAUGCUGAAUUCUGUCUUCCGAGUUGUCAUAACGGUUAUGAAACAAUUCAUAUUGGCAAACGUCUGGUACCUUUUAUUACUCAACAUGUGGUCAUCUUUGAACAAGAUCUUUGUCAAUUGAUCGACAAAUUAAAAGGUUUUACUUUUCUUGAUAUUUAUGGUAAAAUUCAUUACAAAAAAGUGAAACCUUAUCGUUUAAUGGUUCAAGCUCGUUUUCCACAUAGUCGAGUAGAUGUCGAAAUAUCAAGAUUUCGUCUAUGGCUUUAA